AUGCGGUACUUAGCCCUACCGCUCCUUUCCCAAAAUCUCACCGAGUCAACAGCGCGAGCGCAGACUCUCUCUCUCUACCUGCAACUUUCUCUGCAAGUCUCCCUCUCUCAACGAAACGAAUCAACCAUGUCGUCUUCUUCCUCCUCCUUGCCGUCGUGCCCUAAGAAGGUGGUCACUCUUAAGAGCUCCGAAGGAGAGACCUUCGAGAUCGAGGAGAUCGCCGCCUUACAGUCCAAGACUCUCGAGAACAUGAUCGACGAGAACUGCGCCGACACUCCGAUCCCGUUGCCGAAUAUCAAAGGCAAAAUUCUGGCCAAAGUGGUGGAGUACUGCAACAAGCACGCUGAGGUCGGCGUCGACGCCGAGAGCCUCCGCGCUUGGGACGCUGAGUUCGUCAACGUCGAGAACACCACGGUCUUUGACUACAUCCUGGCGGCAAAUUUCCUGGAAAUUCCGACUUUGCUGGACUUGACCUGCCAGAGUGUGGCAGACAUGAUCAAGGGAAAGACUCCGGCUGAGAUAGAAAAAACAUUCAAUAUCAAGUCUGCAUUCACACCGGAAGAGGAAGAACAGGUGCGUAGGGAGAACCAGUGGGCAUUUGAAUGAAGCCUCAGAGAACUCUGGGUCUUUCCUUAUGUUAAUAUUGUGAUGUUCUGUUUCUUUUGCUGCCUUCUUACUACGUAUGAGACAUUGGCUUGUUAAAUGUUUGCUUUUGGCAAAGUGAACUCUUAUGUGAGUUUUUCUGACAUGAUAUGAAUGAAUGUUCAAAGUGAAAAUUUCACGGAUUCAAUACUUAGGGAAGGUUUGAUCUUCCGGCAUAUUCUUGUAGUUGAGAACUCUGCGAAGUAGAAUUGUUAAGAUGGA